UCACACAGAGUGCACUCGUGCUCCAAUGGCCCUCCACGCUCGGUGAGCUUCGUCGAUGGAAUACGAGCGAUAACGGGAAGGAAAGUUUAUGCACAAGAGACGACGGACACCGAUUCAGCACCAAGCCAGCACGCAGGGCGUUGUGGGUCCAAUACUUUGCAGAACGUGAAGGUGGGAUGCAAAAUAGCCUGGGAAAUACUGUCCGUCGCGAUAAUCACGGUUUGGUUGUCUGCUUGUUGGAUUCCAUAUUGGUGGCAAGUUGUCUGUAGGUGUGGGGCCAUACGUUUUGUAUGUCGAGGGAGCAGCUGCAGUCUACAACAAUUACGUUGCAAUGGCUGAGCUUGUAAGCGUUGUCAUCGGCUUUGGAGUCGAGCUGUUGCUUCAGGGGGUGAUCGAUGAAGUCAAGCAAGCUGUGGAUCGUAACAAAAAUUGUAAGGCAUUGCUCGUGCUGCUUGAGGGUUUGGCACCACUUGUGCAAUUCCUAUGUGAUAGCUCAAAAAAAGGGCAGGGUCAGAACAAGUCAACGCCUGUAACAGAGUGGCUGGAGAAACUUCGAUCCCGACUGGAAGAAGCGGAUAAAGUGGUGCGUGAGUGCAUCAGCCAGGGAUCCAGGCCUUGGAACAUCGUGAAGAACAGAUCCACCUCGAAGAAACUCGUUGAAGUGACUAGGGGAAUCACCGAUCUUGUGGGGCAAGCACCGCUGGUUCAGCUGGGAUACACAAAGGAGACUACUGACGAACAGAAUAAGAUACUGGCUGAUCUGCAAGAGAGCAUGAAGAACGCAAAUCAAUUGCAGAGUGAUCUGAUACACGAAGUUCACUGUGCUGACCUCUCUCGGAUCACAAGGGUGACAGUCAACACCCCUACCGAGAUCUUUGGCAGAUCAGUUGGAACCAUCACACUCGAACGUGCAUUUGAGGAUAUCAGAGGACAAGCCGACGAGCACUUCUUGACACUGACUCAAGGUUCAGCAACCGGAAGUUCUGCAGAUGUAGUUCCGUCUCCACAACGUCAGUUUGAACGCCAGAUCAGCGCUCGGGUUUUUGGUGGCGAUGAGCUUCUGGACUCUGCGAGAUCAAUUCUCCUCGAAGAAGAAGAUGGACGUCGGUGGGUAGGGCUUUGGUCCAUGGGUGGUGCUGGAAAAACCCUGUUGGCCUCAAGACUGUCAAAUGAUCUCCCACUGAAGCAACAUUUCGAGGGUGGGAUUUUCUGGUUAACAGUUGCUCGGGAUCCAAACAUCGAAGAGAUUCUCCGAUCUCUCUUGAGAAUGCUAAGUGCACGCCUGCCCCCACCCUCCAGUUCCGAGGAGGUCUAUGCACAGCAAGUAUGCCAUGAACUUCAACUUCGAGGGCAAAGGAAGAGACUGUUGCUGGUGUUGGAUGAUGUAUGGAAGUCGAGAAUUUUGGAUGUCUUCGAUGCAUUUGUGAAUCAUCCAUCUUCGUCUGGGAGCAAAAUCUUGGUGACCACGCGCAGUAAAGAGUUACUGGACAGGAAACACGCUACGAAAAUUGAAGUGCGCAUGCUGAAACCAGAGGAUAGCUUCAGGCUUUUCUGUUGGCAUGCCUUUUCGGGUGUGAGCAACGUUCCGAAAAAUUUACGCAAACCAGCUGAGGAUGUGGCGGCAGAGUGCAAGGGGCUUCCCUUAGCCCUGAAAGUCAUCGGAGGGACGAUGGCCGGCAAGAGGGACAAGCGCAUUUGGGAUCAUACGUUGAAGAAGCUAAAGAACGCCGAGACACUCAGCUCCGAGCAUGAAAUGCAACUCUUUCAUCGCUUGCAACCCAGCGUUGACGAUUUGUCCGAAACGCAUCCUCAUCUGAAAGAUUGCUUCUACUACUUUGCUGCGUAUCCCGAAGACGCAAGUGUCGAAUUCGUGGAUGAUCUGAUCAGUUUGUGGGUGGGAGAUGGAAUAGUUGGAGGACGGAAAGAUUAUUCCCCUGAGGAUGAGGCUUAUGAGCUUUUGGGCUGGCUCAUUGCAAGAUGCUUGAUUGAGAUGAAAAUCGGAAGCGUAUCUACAUAUCUAGAGUAUAUAGAGAUGUUUAGGCUUCCUCCUUUUUCCAUGACCUUUAAAGUUCACGAUGUGCUCCGGGACCUGGCUCGGUACAACCUGCAACACGACAAGGUACAUGAGCAGGUCUGUCUGUAUGAACCGGGGAUGCAGUUGGAGACAUUUCCGCAAAAGUGGAUUCCUGACAACAAAGUCGAGAGAAAGCAUCUUUCAGCAAAAAGGUUGUCGUUGAUGGAUAAUCUGAUACACGAGCUACCGUCUCAUCUGGCUGCCCCUGAGCUCCGAGUGCUGCUUCUGAGAAGAAACGAGAAUCUAUCGUUGCUGCCUCGAGGAUUCUUUCUGGACUUGAAGCAACUGAGGGUACUGGAUCUCAGCCGUACAAGUAUUGAAGAGAUACCCGACGCAGCCUUUAGCACUAUGAAACGCCUGGUUCUUCUUAACCUCUCGCGUUGCGAACAGCUUAAGAGCGUCCCAGGUACUAUUUGCAAGUUGGAAGAACUUCGGGAUCUUCAAUUAGAUCAUUGCAAAAAGUUGGUUUCGUUGCCUAGAACCAUCAAGGAUCUCAGAAAACUAGAAAAUCUGAAUCUUUUUUGGACUAACGUGUUGAGAUGGGACAGGCCUAAUGGCAUGAGAGGUACUUUGUCGAAGCGGAUUAAGCGUACCGCUCAUCUCCAGGAUGUAGCCUCGCUGACAUCUUUGACAACGUUGAGAAUCAGCAACCUUCCCUUUCUACUUUCAUUCUAUUACAGUGAUUCCGAUUCCGAUUCCGAUCUUUCACCUGAACCGUCACACCCGUUCCCUCUCCAGCUUAGUUGCCUUAAGAGCCUCCGGCAUCUGCAAGUCAACUUCAUCCGAGUUAGCUCUCUUCCUGACAUUUCAAAUCUAACUGCCCUGCAAACAUUAGAUCUAAGCUGGUGCAAAGACCUCUUGAGCCUUCCACUUGGAGUCGAGUCACUGCCAGAGCUCAGACGGCUAAAUCUCCACAAAUGCUCUUCCUUGACACAUCUUCCUGCUCUUGAUGAGCUUCCAAACCUCGAGUGUCUUCAUAUAUCUGGCUGUCGACACAUCAAGCAACUACCAAACUCUUUUGGUCGACCAGAUGGAUUUCCAUCUCUCACAGAGCUGGACAUGUACGCUUGUAAAGAGGUAUCGAUGGACGAAUUUCCAGUGCUACGCUCGGGUGCUAUGCCUGCUUUACGGAUGUUGAUGAUGCACGGAUGGCAUCAGAUGAAGAAAUUGCCACCGACCUUGAAUUCCCUGAUGAAGCUGCAGUAUAUAAAACUAAGUUCGUGUUUUGAGCUGAAGAAACUGGACGAAACUUUCGACUGGAGCGUGUUUACAGACCUCGAGGAGCUCGACCUUAAUGGUACCAUUUCUCUUAUUGAGCUCCCUCCUUCCCUCGCGUCACUACCCAAACUACGGAUCUUGGAUCUUCGUGAAUGUGGAGCUGGUGAUAAUCUCUCUCCAGAAUUCACUGUACUAGUGGAACAGAACCGGCUGAUGAUAAGAGUCUGACCGGUGAGAUUUUUGGAUGAGGAGCUGAAGACCCCUAAGUUUUGACUGAUCCGUGAAUUUGCCGUCACGUUCUUUUCAGAUCCAAGGAUAACACCGCACUAACUGUAUAAUUAGUCAAGUGGUGAGGACUUAGUGUAUUAUUUGGUUAAGUUGCGGGAUCAGAUUCCCAAUGUAAGUCAACACCAAACCCUUAGAUGUGAAGUUUGUGGCAACUACUGUAUUGCUGAAGGGUUAUUGGUGUUUUUUAUGUAAAUAAAUACUCCAUGGAAUGAGACACGACCAUAGAUCUAAGCUUGCUAAGUGUGCACCAAAUGCUGGAUCUAUGUGUCCAACUGCUAUUGAAGGACUCAUGACAAGAAAGUAUUACCUUUACAUGGAUAAGAGUCAAAGUUAUGCAUUAUUAUGCAUCCUUAAAUAUACAAUGGUAAGGGUUUGAAAACUUAUUCUUUUACAGAUCAAGAAUCCUCUCUGCUUUCUCUUAGUUAGGAUAAGCAUGAUCAAAAUGUCGAGUUUAUAGAACGGAAGGUUAAAUGCAGAUGCGCUUCGGCCCUUUUCCUGCUAAGGGACUUGCUGGUUCCUCCCCGUUCAUUCGUUCCUCUGGCUAGAAUGAUGCCUUUCCUGAUCGUCCAGUAGUUGAUCCGUUAGACGCUCUUGUCAGCUGGUUCGAUUCGUCAAAUUGUAUCCUAUGGCAUUUGCUUUGCACACUGCUUCACCUUG